AAAAACCCCAAAACCCUACUCCCCUGUAAAAAUCUCGUCUUCUUCUUCCACCAUUUCUUCUGCUCCUUUUUCUUCUCCUUCUAUUGCUCCGACCUCUUGUCCUUCAUUAUCUCUAUCAUGCAUGCCACAGCUUUGACUAUCUUCCUUGUGAGAGAUUUGGUUUUGAUAAGCUAAAAAUCCGACACCUCGAUUCGGAGUCUUGAAGCUUAUUUGAGUUGGUGAGUGAUAUUACAGUAGAAAUGAGGAAGAAAUCACCUGUACAGCUUCAAGCUCUUGAGGACUUCUAUUUGGAGAAGAAGUAUCCCACGGCUAAGGAAAUUAAGGACUAUAGUAAGUCUCUGAGAUUAACAGUGAAGGAAGUGCGUGGAUGGUUCAUCGAAAAGCGGAGAAGAGAUAAAAGGAGAGACGGAUGCGUCAUGCCUUCAGCUUCAACUUCAGCUGUAGAGACAUCAAAUAAAAGAAAGGAUCCUGGGUCAUAUGAUAUAUCGAAUAUGAGUAGUUCAACAUCGUCCAGAUGCACCUGUGGAUCUUCUGGUGUUGAGAAGAGAUCUAGUACCGGAGAAAAUACUGCCAGUAUUCAAAAGUUAUUGGCUCCACAGUACAUUUUGGCUAAGAUUUUCCGGAAGGAUGGUCCACCCCUUGGUGUUGGAUUCGACUCUCUCCCUUCUCGAACACGUAAAGCUUCUUGGCUUGUUCCUGCUGAUCAGAUUCAACAAAAACAAAGAGUAGCAAGAAAGAGAAAGAUUUCUGAGCUGAUGAAUCAUCAUAAUCGAGAUUGCAUUGAGGAGAAUGCUACACGGGCAAAACAUGGUAUAGGUAAGGGUUUGAUGACAGUGUGGCGGGCGAUGAAUCCAACUGGCGUAAUUCCUCCUGGAAUUGAUAUACCUGAGGAAAGAAUAACAUUGCAUCAAAGACCAUCACGAAAAUCUCAACCUCAGAAGAAAAAGCAAAGGCAGCUAGCAUCAAUACUGAAGCAGAAAAUGUUGCAGAAGAGUUCAAGGGAAAAGAAGUGUUCUAUAAAUAGAGAGGUGGAACUCCACAAAGAUAAAACCCGAGUAGCUUGCAAAGAAAAUUGUGAACUUUCCCUGGAUGAGGAGGUAUCUGAAGAAAACCAAGAAAAAUUUGCAAUACUAUUGGAUGAUGAAGAGUUGGAAAUGAGGGAGCUACAGGCUGGAGCGAAUCCAUUGACAUGUUCAGGCCAUCAUCCUAGCAGCGGACUACAUGUUUGUUUUCUUUGCAAAGAUUUGCUACCCAAAUUUCCCCCAAAUUCUGUCAAGAUGAAGCUGCCGUUUGGUAUGCAUCCAUGGGAUUCUUCUCCAGAGUCUGUGAAAAAACUAUUUAAGGUCCUACAUUUCCUUUAUACCUAUUCAGUAGCUCUGGACAUGCAUUAUUUCACACUCGAAGAGUUUGUGAAGGCAUUUCAUGAUAAGGAUUCUCUGCUACUUGGUAAAAUUCAUCUUUCCCUUCUAAAGCUGCUUGUGCUUGAUCUUGAAACUGAGCUGCAAAGGGGAACUUUCACAAACUUAAGUAUAUCAUGCAAGUUUCUAGCAUUGCUUCAUUCGGUUGAAAGCCAAAUACUUAUUUUAGAUUUGUGGAAGGAUUCACUAAGUCCAUUAACAUGGACUGAAAUACUGCGUCAAAUAUUGGUUGCAGCUGGUUUUGGUUCAGCUAAGGGUGCUGUUCGAAGAGAAGAACUAAGUAAGGAAAGGAGACUCUUGAUAAAGCAUGGCCUUUGUCUUGGAACCUUAAAGGGCGAAUUAUUUAGACUGCUUUUUGAGCAAGGCAAUAACGGUUUGAAAGUCUCUGACCUUGCCAAUUCGGCCCAGGUUGCUCAGCUGAAUCUAGCAACUUCAUCGGAGGAACUGGAGCGAUCAAUAUCUGCAACUUUAGCAAGUGAUAUUACUUUAUUUGAAAAGAUUUCCGGGUCAGCAUACCGUUUGCGUGCUAGUUGUUUCUCUGAGGAUCCAGAAAAGAGCCAGUCUGAUUCUGAUGACUUUGGAAGUGUUGAUGAACCUGAGGAUGACUCCUCUUCUAGUUCAGGUGAUGAUUCUGAAAAUCUUGCGCUUAGCAAAAUCAGGCAUAGGAGCAGACAGAAGCGUAAAAAUAAAAUUCUGGAUGUCAAUACUGAGAUUGAUGAAAGCCAUCCUGGAGAACCAUGGCUGUUAGGCUUGAUGGAAGGGGACUAUUCAGAUCUAAGCAUUGAAGAGAAGUUGGAUGUUUUGGUGGCCUUGAUCGAUAUUCUUAGCUCAGGUUCCACUGUCAGAAUGGAGGAAUCAGCCAAAACUAAUGUUGACUGUGUCCCAAGUAUAUAUACUCGCGGUUCUGGUGGAAAAAUUAAGAGAGGCUCAUCAAAUCAGCACAAUUAUCCACGUGAAUCUUGGGUCCAUGGAUGGCAACUUCAUAGUUCUAAAGGAGAAUCUAUUUCUGAUUCUCGUCCAAUUGAUUCUUCAACAGUUGCUGGAGCCUUUGCUAAGCAGACUGGAGAUAAGGCUGAUGGUCACCCUAUGCAAUCGGUAUAUCUGGGUUCUGAUCGUCGAUUCAAUAGGUAUUGGCUUUUCUUAGGCCCAUGCCACACAAAUGACCCUGGCCAUAGGAGUGUGUACUUUGAAUCUUCUGAAGAUGGUCACUGGAAAGUUAUUGACAAUGAGGAGGUUUUGCGUGCAUUGCUAUCGAUUUUGGAUGACAGAGGCACACGGGAAGCUAAUCUUAUUGGGUCAUUGGAGAAACGAGAAGCUUUUCUUUGUCAAGCAAUGUCGAGUAGACAGAUGACUCAGUCAGAUACGUCAAGAUUUACAGAUGUAGUCAGAGAGGAUAGUUCUUCUCCAGUUUCUGAUAUAGACAACAAUCUAUGUCUGACUGAGGUUGCGAAUAACCAUUUGUCUUCUCCACGUGGGGCUAUAGUUUUCGAGGUGGAAAGUAAGAGAGAGCAGAAGCUGAGGUGGAUCCGUGUUCAAGAGUUUGAUGACUGGAUAUGGGCUAGCUUUUAUUCUAAUCUCAAUGCUGUAAAAUACAGUAGGAGAUCAUAUCUUGAUUCACUUACUAGGUGUAAGAUUUGUCAUGAUUUGUAUUGGAGAGAUGAGAAGCACUGUAAGAUUUGCCAUGCUACCUUUGAGCUCGAUAUCGAUCUUGAAGAAAGAUAUGCUGUGCAUGCUGCUACAUGCAGGAAGAAAGGAGAGGAUGAUUCAUUUCCCGAACACAAAGUUUUGCCGCCGCAGUUACAGUCCCUAAAAGCUGCAGUCCAUGCAAUUGAGUCUGCUAUGCCUGAAGAAGCCCUGAUUGGUGCAUGGAGAAAGUCGGCCCGUAGAUUAUGGGUCAAAAGACUUCGAAGAACAUCAUCUUUGUCCGAGCUUUUACAGGUAAUUGGAAACUUUGUCGGUGCCAUCAACGUAGAUUGGUUAUGGCGGUAUGAUGAUGAUGGUGAUGAUGAUGAUGGGCAUUCUCACCCUGUAAUGGAAGAGAUAAUUACUUGCUUCCCCUCUAUUCCUCAAACAUCAUCCGCCGUCGCGCUCUGGCUGGUGAAAUUGGACUCCUUAACUGCUUCCUACUUAGAAAAGUUGCAACCAGAAAGUAACCAAGAGAGGAGGACGAGAAGUACAAGUAAACGGGCAUCGAAGCUGUAGUUUACGCUCUUUGUUUCGGGUUUCCGGAACGAGAAUGGUAAGAAGAUUGUACAGAGAGAGGAGCUGGGUUUUUUGUUGCUGUGGUUCUUGAGUGAUUCCAGUCCAGAUAUUAUGUACAGACGUUUUAGAAUAUAUAUAUAUAUAUAUAUAUAUAUAUAUAUAUAUAUAUAAAUAUAUAGCGAGAUCUCAUAAAUCCCAAACACUCAAAUUUUGAAAAAUCUGAUUUUGUAAUAGCAGAAGCAGCAUAUGCAUUGCAACACUACACACUCUUUCAACGUUGUAUACGAAUAAAUCUUGCUCU